ACAAAAAAGAAAAAAAGAAAAGAAAAGUGAACAGAGGAAAUAAAAAUUAGUGUUGCAAAAGCGAAAAAUGGCAUUAAUUAGAAGAGCAACUCAUGCUGGCAGUUGGUACGCAGGCUCUGACGCAGAAUUUUUAUUCUUGGUCCGUCGCAUCAUGUCAGAUUAGCAGGCUGUGCUCUUUCUUCUGCUUCGAUUUAUCAAACGCCGUUGUAUGAUUUACAUAUUGAUCAGCAAGUGUACAGAGAACUUGAAGAGACUAGACAUUUUGAAUGGAUAGAUUUAAACACGGAUGAAGAUGAACAUAGCAUUGAGAUGCAAUUGCCAUUUAUUGCAAAAGUUAUGGAAGGGUUUAAAGAUUCUUUAACGAUAAUUCCUAUAUUAGUGGGUUCGCUAAGUCCAGAGAAAGAAGCACUCUAUGGAAGAUUAUUAGCACCGUACAUGGCUGAUCCGCAAACAUUGUUUGUUAUAUCUUCUGAUUUUUGUCAUUGGGGACAGCGUUUUCGUUAUACUUAUUACGAUAGAUCCUGUGGUCCUAUUCACAGAUCUAUUCAAAAUCUUGACAAAAUGGGUAUGGACAUUAUAGAGACAUUGAAUCCUACAAUGUUUACCGAUUACCUCAAAAAAUAUGGCAAUACAAUAUGUGGCCGACAUCCUAUUAGCGUUCUUUUACAGGCAAUUCAUAGUUUAAAAGGGAAUACUAAUGGCCAAAGAAUGAACUUGAAGUUUCUUAAAUAUGCUCAAAGCAAUCAGUGCAAUAAUAUGAAUGAUAGUUCUGUUAGUUAUGCCAGUGCUUCCUUGGUUCUUGAGUGAUACAGUAUACACUUUUAUUGUUAUUCAGAAAAUUUACAGAAAAAAGGAAAGUACGAAAAAAACGGCAGUAAUAACCUAUUAAUCGUAAAGACGCGUUAAUUAUAAUUUUAAAAAAUUUUAUAUUUAAAAGGAAAAGUAAUGAUGUUUAAAAUGAAGUUGCAAUUUGCUAUAUUGUGUAAAAUAUUCUCAAUUAUUUGAGGAAACAUAAUAUUUGCAAUGAAUGUGAUGAGUAGAAAUGUAUUAUUGUCUGUCAAAUUUUUGCUUUAAAAAUAUUUCGGUUUAUUACUUACAAGAAAUGAUCAGUACUUCCAAAUUUCCAUUAUGGAAGGAGCUUAAAUAUUUCUUUGCUUUGAUUAGUACUGCAAUUACAGAAAUGAUAAUUUAUGCAUUUCAUAUACAUUAAAAGGCAGAAGGUUCAAUCUAUUGAUGAAAAAGGUAAAACCUUAAUUUUAAAAAAAGUAUUCGAUUAUUAAUUUAUCCGACCGAUUUUAUCAUUGAUAUUUAAAAAAUUAUUGAAGGCAAUAAAAAGUGUUUAAUAUUGGUGUUGUUAAUUUGAAAUUUUAGAAGAAUAACUUGGAGAAGUAAUAAAAGGGAUAAUCAUAUUUUGUCUGUAAAAUGUUAAGGUAUCGAAAUAUCGAUGAAUUAUAUUUUAAAUGUAGAAAAAUGUUUAUUAUAUUUAGUGAAUUUGGCUGUGUUAAUUUUCAAUUAAUACAUAUGUUAGUUAUAUGUUAAUUUUCAAUUAAAGAUACAUAUGUUAGUGUUUAAAAUUUAUUAUUAUUUAAAAUUAAAGUUUUUAAUUUAAUUUUUAAUGUUUACUUCUGAUUACUAGGACAAUAAAUAUUAAGAAAAUUAACGAAUAAAAAAUACUUUGUCGCAAUUGCAUUAUUUGUCUCAGGGAUUUGUACAAGCUUAAAACUAAAAAUCUAGAGCUAAAGUGUACCUCUUCUAGGUCAUUAGACUGAACAGUCUGCGCUGAUCGAUAUAUCAGGUGAAAUAUUACAGAUAAAUAAUGUACAACUUAAUCAUGUUCUCUUCGAAACAAAGCAAUGAAAUGAUCUCAUAUCCUUCCUACCCUAUAUUAUCUUGUUAUUCCUCGUUAGUAUAAGAAAUUACAAAUAAAUAUUGUUAUAAUAUCGUAACACAAAUAUAAAGGAGGAUCAGUGUGGAAAAAUGUUUACAUAAUAUAUCAUACCAUUAUUGAUAUUCUUUUACUUUUAAUAAAAUACUAAUGUUAGGAUGAAAUUUUUGUAUUAAAUUAUGCGUAUAAUCCUUUUUGUAAUAAAAUGAAGUAAUAUUAUAUUGAAAAUGAUUUUAUCUGUUAUUCUUUACUUUUAUGUAAAGUUGAAUUUAUUAACCCAUAAUAUACAAAAUUAUAAAACUGAUCCUUCGAAUGCUAUUUUUUU